AACGCAUUUCCCUUUCAUUUCGAGAUGUAAACAGAUUUUUAAGUAAAAGUGCAAACAGACAAUGACAGAUUUGUCAAGAUGUUUAAAUCAUCUUUGACAGCAUAUACAGAAGUGAGAGCUUGUAUCAGUUCAGUGGCUAACCUUAAGAAAUCACUUCCAACGUUAUAUGUCUGUCAAGAUUGUCAUCAUCAUCUUAGCUCAGUAAGAUACAGAAAUGUACACACCAUUCACAGUAUUAAACCUUCAAGUGUACUCUCUGGUUAUUUCUGUCUCUGGCCCAACAAAAAUGUUUCAGGAUCUAUCAUUGUUAGCUGCUGUUUUUCAAAUACUCCAGACAAAACAAACAACCCUGCUAAUGAGAGCAGCUCCUCAGACAAUGUAGCUGACUCUAAGCAGCCUGAUAAAAAUCAGAGCAAAGCAACAGGGCAAGCUGCUGGCCAGAGUGAAGCUGCCACCACAGGUGAAACUGCUGAUGCAGAGAGGAAAAAGAACAAAGUUUUAAGUGUUAUACCUAGAAUGAGGAAGCCUAAUCCAAUAGAUUAUAGUUAUACGGGUAAUAUUUAUAUUCUUCCGAAACGAGCCUUAGUUGAAUACCUUCUUAUGCCAAGUGAUAUUGUUGAUCUGCCAAAGUACACCAGAAGAAGUCCAUACGAUGAUGGCACUCGCAUAACCCUUUACCUUAGAACAGAUGUAGAGGAAGCAGCAUUGAAAAAAUGGGGUGAUUUUGACAAGUUAAAUAAAGAAAAGGCCAGGCUAAGAAAUACAAACUCUGACAACUUAAAAAAUUAUGACAUCAAUGAUGUAAGAAUGCUACUGGGUGAAAUGCAUUCUUCCACUGGUUUUGUCAACCCAGAUGACCCUAAUGCCCGGAGUGCUGAGGGUAGUUCAGGAUCCCAACAGACCCCAAAGCAAGUCUCCCAAGAACAGACAUUUUGGAGCUCAGGAUCAACUAAGGUUGUGCUGUCUGCUAUUUUUGUCAAUGGAGCCAACAGCCUGUUCAAGCUUAUUGCCUGGCUGUACACAGGAUCUCACAGCAUGUUCUCAGAGUUUAUCCACUCCGCUGCUGACACUGUGAACCAGAUUAUUCUUGGUUUUGGUCUGUAUCACUCAUUUAAGAAACCAGACACAGAUCACCCGUAUGGAUACCGAAACCUUCGUCACAUAUCAUCGUUGAUCAGUGGAGUUGGAAUUUUUUUCUUUGGGACUGGCCUUUCCUAUUAUCACAGCCUUCAAGGAUUCCUACAUCCAACAGAGUUAGGCAACCUUACAUGGUGUGUAGCGACAUUGAUUGGUUCCUUCAUCUCAGAGGGAGGUACUCUCUUAAUUGCUAUCAGAGAAGUGAGAAGAGGAGCCAAAUCUCAUGAAAUGGGUGUUAGAGACUAUUUGAUGAGUGGAAUAGAUCCUAAUGUCAAUGUAGUGCUGCUGGAAGAUUUUGCUGCUGUCUUGGGAGUUGGCAUUGCAGGUGUUUGUAUUAGCAUCUCUGCAAUAACUGGCUCCUCAUCUGCUGAUGCUGCAGGCUCAGCUCUGAUUGGCACUCUCCUUGGUUCCGUCGCUGCUUUCAUCAUCCAUCAAAACACACAGCAGUUGGUCGGGAGAUCCAUCCCAGAGGAGGAGAGACAAGAGAUCAGUCAACUGCUGGAGCGUGACAGAAUGAUCAGGUCACUACAUGACAUCAAGGCCACACAGAUGGGGGGAGUCGUCCGCUACAAGGCUGAAGUUGACUUUGAUGGGAAGGAGAUUACAAGGGCCUACUUGUAUAAACAAGAUCUGGACCUAAUGUUAGCGGAAGCUCAGAAACUGAAAACUGUAGAGGAACUGGAGGUCUUCAUGAUGAACCAUGGUGAGAAAAUUAUUGAUGCUUUGGGUGCAGAAGUGGACAGGAUAGAAAAAUCUUUGAAGAGCAAGCAUCCAGAAAUCAGACAUGUAGAUCUUGAAGCUUUGUAAUUAUUAUCUCUAGCUUAUUUUAAUUAAGUCAAGUCAAAUUUUUCCUCACCAACCACAACUCUCCACAUGACAGCAUCAGCUGAGUAUCAUCUUUUUUUUUUCAACCUCGGCUGACAUUUGUAUUCCAUCCAUAUCACGUACAAGCUCUGAGUGUUACAUGUGGUAGUAAUUGCUUCUGGUGGCGACUGUGUCAGUGUGUGGUAGUAGUGUUGAUCUUGUAAAAGUACCAGUGUCAUGGGAUAUUUUUGUAUCAUGUGAUGUGUCAUGUGACGUGCACAAACCAUCCAAGUACUGGGUGGUGUAGAUCUCUCAUGCCUGUUGUAUAUCGUGUGAAUUGCCUGUCAUUUUCAUGUACAUAUUUAUAUUGUUUAGUUCUAUAAACUAGAGAAUUUCAAUUGUUGAUAAAACCAAGCUUAUUUUGUAAAUAAAGAUGUGUACACUGUAUUUUAUGUCAUUGUAAUCAAAUUUAGUAAUUUUUUUUAAAAUAUUGCACUCUAAGAUUAAAAUAUCAAUUGUCUUCAACGUUUUUAAAAAGCAAAAUGUUUAGUUUUUGAUAAUCUUGGAAAGUUAUUUAUUCAGUGAUAUAUUUAUUUUUUGUGCACAUUUAAGCAAUUGCCUUUAUUGAAAAAAUAAUUUUGGUUUAAAACAGUUUUUUGCAGUUAUCUCCCUUUACACCAUGAUUCAACAUUUUUUUUCAAGUUGGAUUUCACUUACCUCUUAGCAAUACACAGCAAUAUUUUAAGGAUAUGUUCUUAGCCAAUGAUAAAAUGUGUCAAAACUGUUCAUAUAAGUAAACUAAGGUAAAAGCACUUGAAGUAAUUAUUGUAUUUUACUGGAAGACCUUUAAGAAAAUUUUUUAAACUGUGUCCAGGUUUAUCUAGUGGCAUUGAGAUCCUAUUCUUCAUUGGUUGUGAUACUUUUUAGAUUGUUGUUUGCAAGCUCUAAGGUCUGUUAUAAUUAUCAGUGUGUAUUGAUUUUUUAAAUUGGCGUAAAUCAUAUUGAAAUAUUGAAAGCAUAUUGUGUAAAAAUUUAUAAAUUAUAAUAAGUUCAGCAAAACAUCCUUUUUAACAUUCCUGUUCAUUUUAAUAAUUGGUAUAAUUUACUAUCAAAGAGUAAUUUAUUAUUAUUUUAUAAUUAGCACCUAAUAAUUGAUCAUUGCCAGGCUACUAUAUUCAAAGAGCAGCCAGCAAAAUGCAAAAAGUCAAACAUUCAUUUUUUUUUUUACCUAGUCACAAUGAUCUAGCUUUAAUGUGAAUAUUUAAUAGUAUACAAAUAUUAAGGUCGUUUUUUUGUGUUAUUUUGGCUUAUACAAAAACAUAUAUGAAUUAAAAAUUUUUUGUUCUUAAGCCAGAGUUACGAACUGCAUGUUUCGCCACCUAGGGUUGGGCACUUGCCACCUAGACCUGAUUCACUCCACCUUAGCUGCAUCAUAAAAUGUUGGGAUUAUUAUCUCAGUCAUGCUAGUAUAUUCUUUAGCUCAACUAUCCCAUCACUGAUUUAUAACUCAUGCUAGUAUAUUCUUUAGUUCAACUGUUCAGUAGCUGAUAUAAUCCGGGUUGUGCUAAUAAUCCAUUCUCAUUAUGUCAUCAAAGCCUUACAAAUCAGCAACCUCUUAUUAAAUGUCUGAUCAUUAGGUGUGUUUGGUCAGUAGAGACCAGUAGAAGUACUUGGAUUAAAAAUAUAAAUAGACAUCAUACAGGAUAUUUUUUACAAAUGUUACUUAGGAUUUUUAAAAAAACAUUUCUUUAUUAUGUUUCAACAAUAAUAAAUAAUGCAAGCUUUAGAUACAUUAUGACGAAAAAAUAAAUUGAGCUUACUGAAAUUGGUUCAAUUUUUUUUAAAAUAAAAAGAAAUACUAAUACUAUAAGCCUGUAUGUUUAUAAAAUAAUAAUUUGAUAUAGGUUUUCUUAAACUGCAUGGCAAAUAUUGUUUUAAAAUUAGCAAAUACAAACCUGUACAAUUUUACUAUAGUUUGAUGUGUAGUUUUUUUUAAUCUGUUCAGUUUUGAUCAGUAUAUAUUAUCAAAAGAAAUUAAUUUUUUCAGGAAAAAAAAUCAUUUAUCAGAGCAUUUAACUUUCGGAUAAGAGGUUGGCAUGACUUGAGUAAGGGUUUCACUUAAUGAAAGCUUUAGUUUGAUGCAGGGAAAUGAUUUUUAAAUUAUUAUUUAAUGGUUGAUAUGUGUUACUCUAGUUGUUUGGAGCUGUGCUCUUCUAUAUUGGCUGUUUAUUUUUUUAGUAAUGUCCUGCUUACAAAGUGAGAGACAUCUAUUUGUGUAACGUAUCUAGUUUAGCAUAAGUGCUUCACAUUGCUAUCAGAAUAAGUUUCUUUUGCUAUGUAUUGCGCAAAUAACCUUGCUUUUAUUCUUGAUAAAAGCCACAUGAGUCUCUGUUCUGUAAAAGUAUUGUGUUUAAAUUUACAAUAGUGAAAAUGUUUGAUUUCUAAAAUAAUU